AUGAGUCACUCAGCCAUGGAGCAGGAGGGGAAGGCCGACCUGGCCGGGAGGAUAGGGGCAUUGCGAGUCAUAGGAUGCAGAAUGGGAGGAAAGCCUUACGCCAGUGUCUCCAGGCCUAAAGCUAGUGUCUCCAGGCCUAACGCUAGUGUCUCCAGGCCUAACGCUAGUGUCUCCAGGCCUAACGCUAGUGUCUUCAGGCCUAACGCUAGUGUCUCCAGGCCUAACGCUAGUGUCUCCAGGCCUAACGCUAGUGUCUCCAGGCCUAACGCCAGUGUCUCCAAGCCUAACGCCAGUGUCUUCAGGCCUAACGCCAGUGUCUUCAGUCCUAAAGCCAGUGUCUCUAGGCCUAAAGCCAGUGUCUCCAGGCCUAACGCCAGUGUCUCCAAGCCUAACGCCAGUGUCUUCAGGCCUAAAGCCAGUGUCUCCAGGCCUAAAGCCAGUGUCUCCAGGCCUAAAGCCAGUGUCUCCAGGCCUAAAGCCAGUGUCUCCAGGCCUAAAGCCAGUGUCUCCAGGCCUAACGCCAGUGUCUGCAGGCCUAACGCCAGUGAAACCGGGUCAGAGGAAACCGGGUCAGAGGACGCCAGGUCAGAGGACGCCAGGCCAGAGGAAACCAGGCCAGAGGAAACCAGGCCAGAGGACGCCAGGCCAGAGGACGCCAGGCCAGAGGACGCCAGGCCAGAGGAAGCCACAACCUCACCCAGAGAGCUGUCCCUUCCUCCCCCAGCAGGUCCCUUCCUUCCCCAGCAGGUCCCUUCCUUCCCCAGCAGCUCCCUUCCUCCCCCAGCAGGUCCCUACCUCCCCCAGCAGGUCCCUCCUCCAGUAGCUUCCUUCCCCAGCAGCUCCCUGCCUCCCCCAGCUGCUCCCUCCUCCAGUAGCUUCCUUCCCCAGCAGGUCCCUUCCUCCCCCAGCAGGUCCCUUCCUCCCCCAGCAGGUCCCUUCCUCCCCCAGCAGGUCCCUUCCUUCCCCAGCAGAUCCCUCCCCCAGCAGCUUCUUCCCCCAGCAGCUUCCUCCCCCAGCAGGUCCCUUCUUCCACCAGCAGCUCCAUCCUCCAGUAGCCUCCUCCCCCAGCAGUUCCCUUCCUCCCCCCAGCAGCUCCCUCCCCCAGUAACUUCCUCCCCCAGCAGGUCCCUUCCUCCCCCAGCAGCUCCCUCCUCCAGUAGCUUCCUCACCCAGCAGAUCCCUUCCUCCCCCAGUUUCUCCCUCCCCCAGCAGUUCCCAGCACUCUAG